CGGAGCCCGGAACUUUGAGCGCGCGGAACCUAGCUGCUGGAGGGCGCGCGCGGCGGCCCCGGAGGGCGAUGGAGCGGGCGCGCGGGCCUAGGGCCGAGGCCGACGCGCCUGCGGGGGAGGAGGAGGCGGGCUUGGCCAUGGCUGCCGUGGUGGGGGCGGCGGGGGGCGCGGGCGCGGCCGUCCUGCAGGUGGCUGGCCUCUAUCGCGGACUGUGCGCGGUGCGCAGCCGCGCGCUGGGCCUGGGGCUCGUGUCACCCGCGCAGCUGCGCGUGUUCCCGGUGCGCCGCGGCUCGGGCCGGCCCGCGGGGGUCGCCGACGGCAGCGGGGUCGGGAACGAGCUCGAGGCCAACCCCUUCUACGACCGCUACCGCGACAAGAUCCAGCAGCUGCGCAGGUCUGACCCAGCUGCUUUUGAGUCCCGACUGGAGAAGUGCAGUGAAUUUCGGAAGCAGCCAGUUGGGCACUCCAAGCAAGGUGACUUUAUCAAAUGUGUGGAACAGAAGACAGACACAUUGGGGAAACAGCCUAUGAGCAGAGGAUUCACUAAGGACAAGACUCUCAGUUCAAUCUUUAACAUUGAGAUGGUGAAAGAGAAAACUGCAGAAGAAAUAAAACAGAUUUGGCAGCAGUAUUUUGCAGCAAAAGAUACAGUCUACGCAGUUAUUCCUAAAGAGAAGUUUGAUUUGAUCUGGAACCGGGCUCAGUCUUGUCCAACAUUUCUGUGUGCACUACCGAGAAGGGAAGGUUAUGAGUUUUUUGUCGGCCAGUGGACAGGUACUGAACUCCACUUCACUGCACUUAUAAACAUUCAGACCCGAGGGGAAGCUGCAGCCAGCCAGCUGAUUUUAUAUCACUAUCCUGAACUUAAGGAAGAAAAGGGCAUAGUGCUGAUGACAGCAGAAAUGGAUUCCACAUUUCUGAAUGUUGCUGAGGCACAGUGCAUUGCCAACCAAGUUCAGCUCUUCUAUGCCACUGAUCGAAAAGAGACCUACGGGUUAGUGGAGACCUUUAACUUCAGACCAAAUGAGUUCAAAUAUAUGUCUGUCAUCGCUGAAUUGGAGCAAAGUGGACUUGGAGCAGAACUGAAAUGUUCUCAGAACCAGAAUAAGACUUAGAGCUGUAAGGCUGGCUUACAGAGUCUGCUCAUCCCUGGAUAGCCCUGAGCCUACCCACCCUUGAACUCUUGGGAGCUCAGCAUCUAUAAUGAGCAGUCUCUAAGGAGUUGCCCUGUAUGCUUAUUUCAAGAAGUAACAUGGAGGUGAGCCCUGUUACUUAAUAUUCAGGAGCAAAAGUACCCAUACAUUCUGGUAAUUAUCUCGCAGUGUACUUGAGGUUUCCUUUUUAAGCGUUUGAGGUCAUAACCAGAGACACCCAAGGAUCCACAAGAUGGUUGACUUGAUUUUACACACUGUAAUAGUAUAUUUGUUUUCUGGUCAUUUUGACUGCACAGCUCCCAAAUGAUUAGUUCCUCAUCUUUAUAAACUGUGACAGAAUUAUAAGCUUGAAGACCUGCUGCAGUUAGAUGUGGACUUUAUAUACUCUUCCCACUUGGCUGGCCAAAGGCGUAACCCAGGUAUCCUGUUAGACUCUAGAAUAACCAGAUAUUGCCAUCAGGAUUAAGACUCCAUGUGAAUGUCCCCAGAGUUGCCUUUAGUGUAGCUGGUUUGAAGUAUCAAUAGAUUUCAGGUUUAAACACACGGGUACAGUGCCUGCCGCCUGCAUUACUUUUAAACCAUAGUUUGUGGCACCUGCUUCUCUAACUCCGCCUGUUGGAAGCUGUGUGUUUGGAGGGGCUGAAUCAGUGCAGUAUAAAUAAGUCAACACUUUUGUAAAGAGAGGAUCAAUCCAGAUUUGCUUUUUUUUUUUAAACAACUCUAAACUAUGCCAGUAUUUUAGAAAAGGUAGGCGGAAGCUAAUGUACCCAUAUUGGGUGUGGAGGAAUUGCAGCAAUAAAAUAAUGUCUGGCUUA